AUGAGUCAACCACGUGGUCUGUUCCUUUCGGUGACGAUCAUCAUCUCCUUCCACCCGAUGUUCGUCACAAAAGUCGACCGCUCCUACAACGUCCAGUGCUUUUACACGGAAGUGGAAAAGACGGUUUCCCAGCAGCUCGAUGUCGGCAUGAGCCCCGAGCAGUUGAAGAACAUCCAGGGCGACGAUCCAGCGGCAGCCGGAGGUCUUGCCCGCCGGCCCGCCAACGGCCAAAAUCAAUUUGGACUAGAUGAUGGAGUUCCUGAAGAAACGAUCACCUCAACCUUCCAGCUUCCAACCUGCCGCUAUGAAGUCUUAACCGAAACCGACAAGGGCGAGCCGGUCAAAUUCGCGACGGUCGGCCAACAUGUCUACCACCGAUGGAGCUGCGAGGAUCCAGCCCAUCCAGAAGCCGAAUCUCCCUUUUGCGCCACCGUACACUCAUGUAAUGUGCGGGAGGAGAGCGGCAAACAGGCGAUGUUGCUCGAUGAAAAUGGAUGCUCUGUGGACAAAUACCUACUAACCAACCUGGUCUACACCUCGGCCCUCACCGGUGGGCAGAGCUCGUUUGUGUUCAAAUUUGCUGACCAACCAUCCCUGUAUUUCCAAUGUCAAAUAAGGCUAUCGCUCAAGGAGGAUGGGGCUUGUCAUAGAACCUCCGACGCCUGCCCGAAUACGUUGAGAGGGAAGCGUUCCGCACAAAAUGUGACGGUCACCCAGCCGCGAGGCCCGGAUGUUGAUGUAUUUUCGCAGAGCAUGACCGUGUUUGAAGUUGACGAGGAUGCCGAUAAAUCCAACAACAAGGUCGCCCAGUCGUUGGCCGAGCAGUGGGAAGGAGGGGUCGAAAUUUGCAUGACGCAGUGGAGUUUCAACCUUCUCGUCUCCGUGAUGGCCACAAUCGGCUUGACAACAUUAUUAACGCUCGCGCUACUGUGUCGAAAACACACGGCCAAAGUCAGCUUCCUAGAGCAG